AUGCCUCCUCGUAGAAAUCCAAGACGUAACAAUGUUAAUGAAACACCUCCGCCACCUCCGCCACCACCUCCUCAAUUCGACCCCGCUAUGUUCCAAGCGGCGGUCACGGCAGCUGUAACUGCUGCCAUGUCUCAUAUCAAUACUCCUGGUGCUAGUGGGUCGGGAGCUGGUGCACAUCCUUCUAACCAUGGCGAGAGUCAUGAGCACUUGCGAGAGUGCACUUAUAAAGACUUCUCGAAUGCCAAACCCAGGACCUUUAAUGGAACUGGAGGAGUGAUGGUUCUAAGGCAAUGGAUUGAGAAGACAGAAGCAAUCUUUGAAAUUUGCUCCUGCCCAGAAAGCAGCAAAGUCAAAUUCGCUGCUUGUACCUUUUCGGAUAGAGAUUUAACAUGGUGGAAUGGCCACAUUAAGUCACUUACUCUGGUAGUGGCUAACUCGAUCAGCUGGGAGAACUUAAAAGCCAUGUUACUGCGGGAAUACUGUCCGCGAGGGGAAAUUCAAAAACUUGAGCAAGAACUCUGGGGUCUUACAAUGGUUGGUUCUGACAUAUCAACCUAUACCAGUAGAUUCUGUGAUCUGGCAAUUCUUUGUCCGGAUAUGGUUCCUCUGGAAAGCAAAAAUAUUGAGAGAUAUAUUUGGGGAAUGUCGCCCCAAAUUCAGUCAAGUGUUUUAGCUUCGAAGCCUGUUACUUUUGACAGUGCCAAAGAGCUGGCACAAUCUCUUAUCGACCAUGGAGCCCGUCAAAACUCAGUGGUUGCUCUACGAGAACAACCGAAGGGAAACAACAACAACAACAACAACAAUAACAGCAACAACAACAAGAAGGGUUGGAACAAGAGGAAGGGCAAAUUUCCUUUGGAACCUUCAAAGAAGCAACAAGUAGUGGCAGUCCAUGCCGCAACUGUACCUGCUACCAUACCUACCACUGUACAUGCUGCUUGCCGUAACUGCAACAGGAAAGGGCAUACUGCCCGAUUCUAUAGAAUACCACCUCAACCACUUAACCAAGUACCUGCCGCUGGAGUAGGUCAAGCAUGCUACCAAUGCGGUGAUGUGAGGCAUUUCAAGAGAGAUUUUCCAAAAGCUGGAAAUGCCCGUGGAGUUGGGAGGAUUCUAGCACUGGGUCACGAAGAAGCGGUGGCAGACCCUGCGGUGGUAACGGCUCACGUGGUUGACAAAAAGCAAGAAGUGAAAGACAUCGCGAGCAUUCCUGAGGUCUGUAACCUUCUCGACAUUUUUCCCGAUGAUCUUCCAGGAGUGCCUCCCGAACGUCAAGUCGAAUUCCGAAUCGACUUAAUCCCUUGA